CCAGCCCGGCCGGCGGGAGCCGCCCGCGGGCGGCACUGGGCAUGCUCAGACGGCGGCCAGGUCGCGCCGCGAGCGAGCUUCCGCGCCGCCCGCUCGCGCGACCUACCUGGGCGCCCCGCGCCCCCGGAUGCUGCAGGUUGUUCAGCGAUAGUUAUGACCUCCCGGUUACGUGCGUUGGGUGGAAGAAUUAAUAAUAUACGCACCUCAGAAUUACCCAAGGAGAAAACUCGGUCCGAAGUCGUCUGCAGUGUCCGCUUUCUCGAUGGCUUGGUACAGACCUUCAAAGCUAAUAAACAAGAUACCGGUCAAGUUCUUCUGGAUAUGGUGUACAACCACCUGGGUGUGACUGAAAAGGAGUAUUUUGGUUUGCAGCAUGGCGAUGACUCCAUAGACUCUCUUAGAUGGCUGGAAUCAAGCAAACCCAUCAGGAAGCAGUUAAAAGGAGGUUUCCCCUGUACUCUGCAUUUUCGAGUAAGAUUUUUUAUACCUGAUCCCAACACACUACAGGAAGAACAAACCAGGCAUUUGUAUUUCUUACAACUGAAGAUGGAUAUUUGUGAAGGAAGGUUAACCUGCCCUCUUAACUCGGCAGUGGUUCUAGCAUCCUAUGCAGUACAAUCUCACUUUGGAGACUAUAAUUCUUCCAUCCAUCAUCCAGGCUAUCUUUCCGAUAGUCAGUUUAUCCCAGAUCAGAACGAUGACUUUUUAACGAAGGUGGAAUCCCUCCAUGAGCAGCACAGUGGGCUAAAGCAAUCAGAGGCUGAAUCUUGCUUUAUCAACAUAGCACGGACCCUUGACUUCUAUGGCGUGGAGCUGCACAGUGGUAGGGAUCUGCACAAUUUAGAGCUAAUGAUUGGGAUUGCUUCUGCGGGCAUCGCCGUGUACCGAAAAUACAUUUGCACAAGUUUCUAUCCUUGGGUGAACAUUCUAAAAAUUUCUUUCAAAAGGAAAAAGUUCUUUAUACAUCAGCGACAGAAACAGACUGAAUCCAGGGAACAUAUCGUGGCCUUCAACAUGUUAAAUUACCGAUCUUGCAAAAACUUGUGGAAAUCCUGUGUCGAGCAUCAUACGUUCUUUCAGGCAAAGAAGCUACUACCUCAGGAAAAGAAUAUUCUGGCUCAGUACUGGACUAUGGGCUCUAGGAACCCCCAAAAGUCUGUAAAUAACCAGUAUUGCAAAAAGGUGAUUGGAGGAAUGGUGUGGAACCCAGCCAUGCGGAGAUCAUUAUCAGUGGAGCACUUAGAAACCAAGAGCCUGCCUUCUCGCUCCCCUCCCAUCACUCCCAACUGGCGAAGUCCUAGGCUCCGGCACGAAAUCCGAAAGCCUCGGCACUCUUCUGCAGAUAACCUUACGAACGAGAUGACCUACAUUACGGAAACAGAAGAUGUGUUUUACACGUACAAGGGUUCCCUGUCCCCCAAAGACAGCGAAUCGGAGGUUUCUCAGAACCGAAGCCCGCACCGAGAGAGUAUAUCCGAGAACAAUCCAGCACAAAGCUGCCUGACCCAGAAGUCAUCCAGUUCUGUGUCUUCAUCUUCAAAUGCUCCAGGCUCCUGCUCACCAGAUGGCGUCGAUCAGCAGUUCUUAGAGGAUUUCCACAGGGUGACCAAAGGGGGCUCCGCCGAGGACUGCAGCCAGUACUACUGUGACAAGAAUGAUCACGGUGAUGGCUACUUAGUUUUGAUCCGCAUCACACCAGAUGAAGAUGGAAAAUUUGGAUUUAAUCUGAAGGGAGGAGUGGACCAAAAGAUGCCUCUCGUGGUAUCGAGGAUAAACCCGGAGUCACCUGCAGACACCUGCAUUCCUAAGCUGAACGAAGGGGAUCAAAUCGUGUUAAUCAAUGGCCGGGACAUCUCGGAACACACCCAUGACCAAGUGGUGAUGUUCAUCAAAGCCAGCCGGGAGUCCCACACGCGGGAGCUGGCCCUGGUGAUCAGGAGGAAAGCAGUGCACUCGUUCGCAGACAUCAAAUCCGAAGAUGAACUAAACCAGCUUUUCCCUGAGGCCAUUUUCCCCAUUUGUCCAGAGGGUGGGGACACCUUGGAGGGAUCCAUGGAACAACUAAAGAAGGGCCUUGAAAGCGGGACAGUGAGGAUCCAGUUUGAGCAACUCUACAGAAAGAAGCCGGGUCUGGCCAUCACCUUUGCAAAGCUGCCUCAAAAUUUGGACAAAAACCGAUACAAAGAUGUGCUGCCUUACGACACCACCCGGGUCUUAUUGCAGGGAAAUGAAGAUUAUAUUAAUGCGAGUUAUGUGAACAUGGAAAUUCCUGCUGCUAACCUUGUGAACAAGUACAUUGCUGCUCAGGGUCCCCUGCCACACACCUGUGCACAAUUUUGGCAAGUCGUCUGGGAUCAGAAGUUAUCACUCAUUGUCAUGUUGACAACUCUCACCGAGCGAGGACGGACCAAGUGUCACCAGUACUGGCCUGAUCCUCCCGAUGUCAUGGAACACGGCAACUUUCACAUCCGAUGUCAGUCAGAGGACUGCACCAUUGCUUACGUGUUCCGGGAAAUGCUGGUCACCCACACUGAGACCGGGGAGGAGCACACUGUGACGCACCUCCAGUAUGUCGCGUGGCCCGACCACGGCGUUCCCGAUGACUCCUCAGACUUUCUGGAGUUCGUCAACUCUGUGCGGUCCCUGCGCGUGGACGGCGAACCUGUGUUAGUUCACUGCAGUGCUGGAAUAGGGCGCACCGGUGUGCUGGUCACCAUGGAAACAGCCAUGUGCCUCAUUGAGAGAAACCUGCCUGUUUACCCACUGAAUAUUGUCCGGAAAAUGCGAGACCAGCGUGCCAUGAUGGUGCAGACAUCAAGCCAGUACAAGUUUGUAUGUGAAGCGAUCCUUCGUGUUUAUGAAGAGGGCUUAGUCCAAAUGCUGGAUCCCAGUUAAGACAACUGUGAAGCGUUCAUUCCUCCUUCCCAAGGGCGUCCUCCGUCAGGACAGACCUUCUCUCCGGAAGCAGCAAGAGGAAAUAUGUAGGCCGUGGGGAAGGAAUGAGCACAUUUGAACCCAGGCACUUUAAAGUUCUCUAGAAGAGGUAUCAUGUACAGAGGAACCGUGUAGAUAACGCAUGCAGUUAUAGCAACUCUUAGGCCCGUUCGUCCUCGAAAUAAGCAAAAGGGGAUCUCAGUUUGGGGCCUGUCCUAUUGCCUUCCUCCCUAGACCUCACCAUGUUCCUGUAAACCAUCCUUGGGUAGUUGGGAGGGGAGGCCAGCCACAGUGUUGACCUCCCAGAAACAAGAGGGUGUGGCUACUUGAAGUUGCUAGGGCGUUUGUGUGUAUGUGUUUAUAGGACUCUAAGGGCUGAGCUUUCUGUGCUUCGAGGCAGAGCUGGAACCGUUGGCAUUCACCCGCUGCUGCUAGGGGAACCCUGAUGAAUGUACUCAGAGGCAGGCUGGUGGGAUUGCAGGCUAAGGGGCAGGCGUGACCUUUUCUGCCCCUCCUUCCUCUGCCCCAUCUCCCCACCACUUCCCGUAUUUCGUGUUUCUGAGAAUCAUGUCCAAAAUGCCCCACUUGCUCCCUGCAUUAGUGACCCUCUCCAGGGGCUCACACAAUGCCUGGACCAGGUUAGUCAUGUGAGUUCAGGCGAGCUUUCAGCUGAGGCUCUGAGAACGAUGUCUCCUUAGGAGUAGGGUCCUUCUCGCCUGUCCGUCCUAUCUGUCCUUGGGAGUAGGGUCCUUCUCGCCUCUGCUCGCCCCUUUGCUAUACCUGCAGAACCCAAGACUGGAAUUCUCGACUACUGAACCUACUACGUGGAUUGCUGCUACUUCAAGCUAUUAAACUUGAAACAUUAACGAUUUUCCUGAGGGGAGAUGGGGUAUCAUCUAAAUAUUCAGAAUCUUUGGCCCUUCUGAGGAAAGAUCUAGUCGUGGAACCAUGGGAACCCCAGCUUCUAGAGGGUUGUCCGUGGAUGUGUGUGGAUGUGUGUGUGUGCCCAUGGUAAGUGUUUCUCAGGAUCCCGAACUUGAUUCAAAUUACAGUUGAGUUUCUAUAAAGAAUGAGUCUCUGUAUAGAAGAACAAAUGUGUGCAUUCACCCUCGGUUAGAAUGGUCUCCAUUUCAUUUCAAAGGAGAGGAUCAGGCUAUCUGAAUAUAAACACAAUUUGAUGUUAAUUUAUUCUAAGUGCACCCCGAUUUUGAUUGUUCUAAAGAAUUAUGCCUUUGUUCAUACUGUGUUAAAUUUUUUAAAAAUAUUUGACAGGAUUGUAGCAAAUUAUUAUUUAAGGAAAAUAAAUUACAUAAAAUUUUUAACGUG